CUCGCAGAGUUCGGGAAGCAUAUCUUUCCACUUUCCAAUUUAGGCCCACUCUCGCUCUCCUCUCCUCCUUCGCUCCCUCAUCCCUUUCUCGACCGCCUCUGCUUGGGAGCUUCAUUUAGAAAACAGGAAUUCACGAUGGGAGACAAGUUGGAUGAUGUCCAGAUCGGAGCUGGAAAGUUCUCCGAGAGGUCUCCUCUCGGAACCAGCGCUCAGGUUGAGAAGGACUACCAAGAGCCCGCAGCAGCACCUCUGUUCGACAAGUCUGAGCUGACUUCGUGGUCGUUCUGGAGGGCAGGUAUCGCCGAGUUUAUCGCAACAUUCUUGUUCCUAUACAUCACAGUCGGCACCGUCCUCGGUCAGUCUCGCCUAGGAGGUUGCAAUGGUGUUGGUAUCCAGGGCAUUGCAUGGGCCUUUGGUGGUAUGAUUUUCGUGCUGGUCUACUGCACUGCCGGUAUCUCAGGAGGACACAUCAACCCCGCUGUGACCUUCGGACUGUUCCUGGCACGCAAGGUCUCACUUCCCCGUGCUUUGUUGUACAUUAUCUGCCAAUGUUUGGGAGCCAUUGCCGGAGCAGGAGUCGUGAAGGGUUUCCAGAAGAGUCCAUACGAGGAAUUCGGUGGAGGAGCUAACACCGUCGCUCACGGAUACACCAAGGGAUCAGGUCUCGGUGCUGAGAUCGUGGGCACUUUCGUCUUGGUCUACACCGUCUUCUCUGCCACCGAUGCCAAGCGCAACGCUCGUGACUCUCACGUCCCCGUGUUGGCACCCCUUCCCAUCGGAUUCGCCGUCUUCCUCGUCCACCUCGCUACCAUCCCCAUCACCGGAACCGGAAUCAACCCAGCCCGUUCUCUGGGAGCUGCCAUCAUUUACAACAGGAGCCACGCCUGGUCCGACCACUGGAUCUUCUGGGUUGGACCGUUCCUGGGAGCAGCUUUGGCAGCAGCAUACCAUCUACUGGUCAUCCGCGCCGUGCCAUUCAAGAAGAGAACUUAAGCGAUGGCCUCGAGCUGCGUGCAGCAGCGAACUGCAUCAACCCAAAUGAGCUAAAAUUUGUGUCCAAUAACAGUCUCUUGAAGGAAGACUCAAUUCUUUAGUGUGUAGGGAGUUUCACGCUGCAACUUGUUAAUGAGAUUGGUUUGGGUUGACGCAUACAUACAUCCGACGAACGAACGAUCGAACGACUGUUGCGGUUGUAUGGUGUGCUACAUUAGUGUUUCCGGGAAUGGUAUAGAUUGUGGUAUUGGAAGAAGAGAUGGCGGAGACGAAGCUACAAUUGUUGUUUUUUCUAAGGUAGUAGUGGGCCGGGUCCACAGAUCGAUCGAGCAUUGUAAGUAGUCUGCAUUUUGUACACUGGGAUGGAGACCUCCUAAGCGCGCGUUCAUAUUGUAUUCAUUUAGCCGCCGUAGUAAAUAGAAUCUGGUGGGCUUUUCUCAUCAUCAACUAAUGCCACAACUGUCAUGACCCGUCACUGUAAAUUUAUUGUAAAACAUCAUCAUCUUCGUCUCUUGGACGGCUUGAUGUUCUGUUAUUUUAUCUCCAUCACCA